AUGUCAGGCAAGCGUCUGCUCGACGCCAUCCAAUUCCUCAAUGUGUCGAAAACCAUCGCAGCCAAACACCUGGCCAUCCGACAACAUCAGCUAGAUGUCUACACACGCACAUCCUCCUUGACCAAGGGUAUCAAGGCCCAAGCAGAGGGUCUGAUCCUAACUGCUCAAGCCGCCGCCGCAUUGGCACGCCGAUUUGACGAGCCAUCUCCGCCGAGCCCGGCAAACGUCCCCGACAAGCCUCCCGCCAGCACUGCAACACCACCUCCGGACCUCGCCCGCAAAUUGCAACGUCAAGCCGAAUCGCAAAUCCCGUCUUCGGUGGCAACAUACAGCAUCUAUGAGCAACCAAGCGCUCUGGUUGCGAGCAAGCAGCAGGAUGUCUUCUAUGAGCCAUCGCUUCGGUCGGAGCCGGAUCUCUCGGGCCUACCGAGAGUGAAAGUACCCAAGGCCGCAAGCGAUGCUCAAGUUGGUAGCGAUGGAUUGAACGCGGAUGUCUUCCACUCGCCUAUUGAAUCUAGUAAGCCUGCUCCGGUUGAGCAUGAGAUGCCCGAGGAGAUGGUCCAAGGUCUUUUCCAUAGCCCGAAAGUGUCGCGCAUGAUCUCCGGACAGCCGCCGCCGAAGAGGGACUGGAAGCUGGCCGCGAAGCCUCAGCAGCCGGUCGUGGAUGCUGCUAAGCCUGUAUCCCCGGUGACUCCGAAAUCCGAGGCUCAGGAGAUGGAGGAGCUUGCAGCUAGCGUCGCCGAAGACGUGGUGCCUAGUACUAAUACCGUCGGCGAGACCAAGGAGCCAAAAGCGUACCAGAUGCUGGAGUCGCGCGUGCCGUCCUCUCGACUAGGCAGACUCUGGCAGUACGGUGGUCUAGCGACCUCAAUGGCAUUUGGCGCUGUCGGAGAGGGUUUGCGGCGAGCCACUGGCAGUCAGGACAAUGGAUCUAUUAUGUUCAGUGCUGGUAACAUGGAGCGAAUGGUAGCCAAGCUGUCAAAAAUGCGUGGCGCAGCUCUCAAGCUGGGACAGAUGCUGAGUAUUCAAGACUCCAACAUGCUCCCCGAACCAAUUCAGCAAGUCCUCCAACGCGUGCAAGAUCGCGCAGACUACAUGCCCGCCUCGCAGCGUGACAAGGUACUUACCGACAACCUCGGACCCAACUGGCGCGACCUUUUCAGCACUUUCAACGAAAUCCCUAUGGCAGCUGCCUCAAUCGGCCAAGUGCACUCAGCCGUUCUCAAAAGCACCGGCCAACCAGUUGCCGUAAAAGUUCAAUACCCAGGCGUCGCCGACUCAAUCGACAGUGACCUGAGCAACCUCUCAAUUCUUCUAACAGCCUCCCGUCUCCUCCCUAAGGGACUGUACCUUGACAAAACAAUCGCAAACGCGCGCACCGAGCUAGCUUGGGAAUGCGACUACGUCCGUGAAGCCAAAGCCGCCGAGCACUUCCGCGGGCUCUUAGCCGGCGACUCAGUCUUCAUCGUUCCCGAGAUAAUCGCCCACGCCUCCGGCAAACAAGUCCUAACAAUGGAAAUGCUGGAUGGCGUAGCCGUGACCAAAGUAACUGACUUCACCCAAGCCCAACGCGACUGGAUCGGCACACAAAUAAUGCGCCUCUGCCUCCGCGAGAUCACCGAAUUCCACUACAUGCAAACCGACCCGAACUGGACAAACUUCCUCUACAACUCGUCGACGAACAAACUUGAACUCCUCGACUUCGGCGCCUCGCGCGCCUACCCCGAGGAAUUCAUAACAACCUACGUGCGCACGCUAGUCGCCGCCUCCCGCAACGAUCGCCGAUCCUGCAAAGACCUCUCUAUCGAGCUGGGGUACCUGACAGGAAUGGAAUCGCAGGCGAUGGUCGACGCGCACGUGAGCUCGAUCAUAACGAUCGCGGAGCCGUUCAUGCUUUCCUCGCCGGAUCUGUACGAUUUCAGUAACCAGACGAUCACGGACCGCGUGCGCACACUUAUUCCGGUUAUGAUUCGGGAGAGGCUGGCGCCGCCGCCUGAGGAAACGUACUCUCUGCAUCGUAAACUGAGUGGGGCUUUCUUGCUUUGUGCUAGACUUGGUAGCUCCGUGCCCUGUAAGGCUUUGUUUAGUGAAGCUGUUGAGGCGGCGCAGCGGAAUGGGCUAAAGGUGGAGUAG